CUUGCAGGAUACACAGCCCAGGGAGAUAGUAACUCUGCCAUUAAUUGAUCUGCCUGGUUCUCUCAUAGUUUACCAAUCAUGGCCAACAGCGAGAUGGCGGUGGUGGUGGACAAUAGCGCUAGAACCUGCCGAGCAGGAUUUGCAGGAGAGGAUCUUCCCCGAACAGUGUUUCCCUCCAUCGUGGGGCGGCCCUUGCAGCAGAGUGCCGGGGAAGACGCAACCAGAAAGGCCUACUAUGUGGGCAGCGAUGCCUGGAACAAAAGGGACACCCUGACCUUGAGGUACCCCAUUCCAAGUGGCUGUAUUGAGAACUGGGAGGAGAUGGAGAAGAUUUGGCACUACGUUUUCUACAACGAAUUGCAGGUAGCCCCAGAGGACCAUCCAGUCUUGCUAACUGAGUGUCCCCUGAACUGCAAAUCCGGCCGGGAGAAGACGACACAGAUUAUGUUUGAGAGCUUCAAUGUGCCGGCCAUGUACUUGGCCAUCCAAGCCGUUCUCGCGCUGUUUGCUUCUGGCCGGACCACUGGAAUGGUUAUGGAUAUAAGGCACGAUCGAAUGGAUCCUGUCCCCAUCAACGAGGGUCAUGCUAUCCCCCACGCAGUCCUCCGCCUGGACAUGGGUGGCGAUGCCCUGACUGACUCCCUUACGCAAAUGCUGAAUGAAAGAGGCUACCGCAUCAGUCCAGGAGAGAAGGAAAUUGUGGAAGACAUCAAGGAGAAGUUUUGCUAUGUUGCCCUGGACUUUGAGAAGGAAAUGGCCAUUGCUGCACCCUCCUCUUUGGAGAAGCAGUAUGAGCUACCUGACGGGCAAGUGAUCACCAUCAGCACGGAACGUUUCAGGUGCCCCGAAGCCCUCUUCCGACCCGAAUUGUUGGGUUAUAUGAAUUGUGGCAUCCAUGAGACUAUCUUUGAUGCUAUAAUGAAGUGUGACCGGGACCUCCGCCAUAUAAUGGUUAAAAAUAUAGUGUUGGCAGGGGGGACCUCCAUGUUCCCUGGCAUUGCUGAAAGGCUGCAGGCAGAUAUCAUACCUCUGCUCUUCAAAAACACAGAUGUCAAGAUCAUUGCCCCCCCCAAUCGCGGGUGCUUAGCAUGGAUCGGGGGUUCCCUCUUGGCGUCUCUUCCGCUCUUUCAGCAACAAUGCAUCAGCAAGCAGGAGUAUGAAGAAUUUGGCCCAUCUAUCGUACACCGGAAAUGCUUUUGAGGUUUUUGAUAGAUGGGAAAUUAAAGGAAGGAAUAAUCAUAAUAUUUGUAACAUCAAUAUCUGGAACUGUAAUUUUAGGUAGUCCUUGCUUAACGACCACAAUUGAGACCAGAAUUUUGGUUGCUAAGCAAGGCGGUCAUUAAGUGAAUCUGA